AUGGCGAAGGCUGCGUCGGAUACACUGGUUAGAUGUUAUGGUGGUGACGCAUCAGUGAAGAAGUUUUCUGAUUCUGAAGGGGAAGAAGAUAACUCUGAAUAUUCUGAAGGAGUGUUUUUAUAUGAUUCAGAAUUAGAAGAUGAUUUUGAAUUUGAAGAGUAUGACGAUGAGUUAGAGUCAGAAGAUGACUCUGAAGCUGAAGACAAGUCAGGGUCCGAAGGUGAUUUUGAGUCUGAAGGAGAAUCAGAAGAUGAGUCAGAAUCUGAAGAAGAUUAUGCUUCUAAAGAUAAAUCAGAACCUAAAGGUCCUGAAGAUGAUUCAGAACUUGAAAGUUCUGAAGGUGAGUCUGAGUCUGAAGGUGACUCCAAGGAAGAAGAAGGAGACUCUGAAGAUGAGACAGAUGGUGAAUUUGAUUCUUAUCCAGAUUUUGAAUCUGGUGGUAAUCAUGACUCUGAAGGUGGACCCUAUGAAGGAGGAGCUUCUAAAGAUAGUCCAGCCUCUGACGUUAGUCAUGACUCUGAAGUUGGAACUUCUGAAGAAAGAGCUUCUGAAGGCGAUCCAAUUUCUGAAGGUGGUCAAGACACUGAAGUAGAUUCUGAAGGAAAAGUUGUUCAGUGUGCCACUUUAGUAGACUCUGAACCCGUGGGUAUUGAAGAAGCUCUCAAGAAGAAAGUGUGGCUGAAUGCCACGAAAGAAGAACUUGAAGUUAUAGAAAGAAACAAGACUUGGGAGUUAACUGAGCUUCCAAAGGAGAAGAAAACCAUCAGCGUCAUAUGGGUUUUCAAGGAGAAAUCUGUUUUUCUGAAUGGAGUUGCACACUGUAGCAACCAGAAGCAACUUGCAGAUGUUUUGACGAAGGAUGUCAAGACUGAACACUUUAUCCAUUUGAGGGAUGAAAUUGGUGUUGUAGUUUUGAUUAAUUGA